AUCCUUUCUUUGCCACUUUGCAGUUACUGUAGUUAAAAAAUAAAAUAUUUAGUAACAGCAGUCCUAACAUAUGAAUAUAGAAUUGCUGAUGAAAACGUAAUGAUUAUCUCAGAAUAUUUCGUUUCUUAUCCAGAGCAAUAUGACAGAUUGUUUAAUGCUGCCUCCUUUUAUAUACAACGUGAAAAAAAGUGAAUGUACGUGUUUGGUAUUUAUCAGUUGCCUAAUGCUUUUCACGAAUACACACUAGUUAACUGUAAAAAGUUAAAUGCUGUCCGACAUGUUUAUUUCAUUUAUUCCCACACUAAAACGUAAUGAUGUUUAAAAUGUCACAAUCAACAUUUAUGACAGGUGUAAUGUCAGCCACCAGGAACCCGGAUGAGUACUAAAUUUAGAAUGUGGCAAGGAUCAUUUAUGAAUAAAGGGGAUACCUGUGUAUUUGGGCGGACAUGUGUCUCGUUUAUCGCGAUUAUAUAUAUAUAUAUAUAUAUUUGUACUUCGUGUAGAAUUAAGGUUGCUGUUAAGUGCAAAUUAUGCCCAGACGUAAUACUGUAUUCUGCAAUACCUAGUACAAAAAAUAAAUUAAAAUGUUUGCUCCCCUCCGUAGUAUUUCCCACCCCUCUUAAUUAUGUAAUCCCUUCCCUGCCACCGCCGUGUUGCGUAAAAAGCUGAGAUGUGCAGCUGUUGAACUUAACGAAUAUAUAUUAGUUUGUGUGAAUCGCAUUUCAUAUUCUUAAUUUUAAGAUUUAUUUGAAUUUUUAAAAAAUUAUAUUUAUUUAUUUAUAAACAAUUUACAUAUGUAUUUUGUGCGUAUGUGUGUUGACUUAUAGUUGUUUCCACAGGGAACGGCUUUUUUUCUUUUUCAUACUGUGGAAUUUACUACAAGCUAUUUAUUUCUCAGCUGAUUGUUUUUGAAAUUGCACACACAAAAAAAUGGUGUUUUGUUAUUUUCAAAACACUUCUUUUUUCAAACAGAAAUUAUUUACAAAAAACAUUUUUGUAGUAGGAUGAGACGGACUACCGGUUAUGUGUUGCAUAUUCAGGGUUUUGCUAGAGCCUCCAGUAGAGGGUACGAAGGGUAAAAAUUACCAGGUGAAUAAAGGGAGACCACUACUUUUUAAGCUUAGAUUCAAGGGGAGAUUACUCACUACAUGGAUCCUUUCUGCCUGAUAGUUACUUGUAUUCUGAUACCGAAGUGGAUCACGGCUGAUUCGUUUUGCCCUUCAGGCUGUACGUGUGAGCGAGGCCAAUCCGGGUGGAAAUCGGUUACCUGUACAGCAGGUCACUUCACUGGCGUUCCUCACAAUAUGGAUUUGCCCGUCAAGUCAUGGAAUCUCAGCUACAACAAGAUAGUCGAAAUUGAUGGCAAGGCCACAGAACUGCCAAGAGGAAUUGAAACUUUAGAUGUAAGCCAUAAUUAUGUUGAAAAGCUUGGAGAACUUCCAGUAACGAUCCGAGUGCUUAAUGCGUCACACAAUCUCUUGUCGAGAGUUCCAGUUGGACUUCCACGACCUUUAACAGUUGUUAAAAUGAGUCAUAAUCAUAUCAUGGCAUUGCAUACGAGUCGUAUUUGUCACCUGCCUCAUCUGAGAACACUCUUCUUGAAUAACAACAAAAUAAGGAAGAUUAUAAAUAGCCCAGACGUAUUAGAGUGCAGUGUUGAAUAUUUAAUUUUGUCAAACAAUAAAAUGGAGUACAUUCAGGUAGAUACAUUUUCUGUGUUUAAAAUGUUAAAAUCUCUAGAUCUUUCGAGGAACAACAUAAAAUUAAUAGAGACAGGGACAUUCUAUGAUUUUUAUGCAUUGAAGCAUUUAUCCCUGUCUCAGAAUAUGCUAAAAUCACUGCCACAGAAAUUGCCCAUUACUGAAUGGUUUGACAUUUCUAAGAAUAAAAUUGUAGAGAUAUCGGAAGACCAAAGAAGUGAUCUCUACCCACAGGAGGUGUUUCUCAUUGGUCAAAAUCCAUUUCACUGUGACUGUCGUCUUCUGUGGUUAAAGGAGCUGUAUGAUACAAAGAAAUACCAGUUAAAAUUCCUCCGUGUUGAUGCUGACCUGUUUGUGCCACAGUGUGACAGCCCUGAUUGGUUGUCUGGUGAAGGAUGGGAUACUUUGACCAAUGAGGAUUUCCAGUGUCUGGAGUCGGCAGAAUCCACCAAUGAGAAAGAAGAUAACAAGUUAGAAGAUUUGAAUGCAACAAUUAAUAUGAUUGGUGCACAUUCUGUAACUGUUGAAUGGAAAUUGGAUAACAUCAAGACGGACAGAAGUUCAGAUAUGGUUCUUAUAAAAAUUCAUCCAUUUGGGAAAAAACAUCUCGGGCAGUAUUAUUCUGUGAAUGUUGAUAGCAGAAAAUAUACAAUCAAGUCACUUAUUCCAGAGAGCCCGUACGUUAUUUGUACUUUGGUUAUUAGAGGCAAGCCAUCUCAUUCGGAUAUCUCCCAGUAUGAUGGACUAUGUUUGGAGGUAACCACAGCCAGUGGUCGUUUUGUAGUGACUGAAUUGAUGACAGCAGCAUUGCUGUAUGCAGCCAUCUUGUUUGUGUGUGUGGUUUCUUUAAAAAUUAUCUAUAAAAGUAUGAAACAUAUUGUGCAUAAUGUUUACAAGAGAAAGUGUGAUUGAUCUAACAAUAUAUUAAUAAAAGAAAUAGUAUUUAUAA